UUCCCUCCACACCUUCCUCCACAUCUCUCACUCAUACCCACAUUCACGUUUCUUCAUUCAGAUAAAAUGGGUUUAGCCGGUCGAGUUUGCAACAUAGCUUUUCUCCUUUCACUUUUGUCACUAGCAGUUCAAGCCAGAAUCCCCGGAGUCUACGGAGGUGGAUCCUGGCAAGGUGCCCAUGCCACUUUCUAUGGAGGCAGUGACGCUUCUGGCACAAUGGGUGGUGCUUGUGGAUAUGGCAACUUAUACAGCCAAGGCUAUGGAGUAAACACCGCAGCCCUCAGCACGGCUUUGUUCAACAAUGGCUUCAGCUGCGGGGCGUGCUUCGAGAUCAAGUGUUCAAACGAACGGCAGUGGUGCCACGCCGGCAGCCCCUCUAUUUUCAUCACUGCCACCAAUUUUUGCCCGCCUAACUACGCUCUGCCAAACGACAAUGGCGGAUGGUGCAACCCGCCCAGGUCGCACUUCGACCUCGCCAUGCCCGUGUUUCUUAAAAUCGCCGAGUAUCGUGCAGGAAUUGUUCCGGUAGUUUACCGUCGGUAAUGUUUUCGUCCCUC